AUGACCGGACGCGGCAAAGGUGGCAAGGGGUGGGCAAAGGAGGAGCCAAGCGCCACAGGAAGGUUCUUCGUGACAACAUCCAGGGCAUCACAAGCCCGCUAUUCGUCGUUUGGCUCGCCGUGGCGGUGUCAAGCGUAUCUCCGGUCUCAUCUACGAAGAGACCGCGGUGUGCUCAAGGUCUUCCUGGAGAACGUGAUCCGCGACGCCCGUCACCUACACCGAACACGCCAAGCGCAAGACGUCACCGCCAUGGACGUCGUCUACGCCCUGAAGCGCCAGGGACGUACCUUGUACGGUUUCGGCGGCUAA